AUGUUUGCCAGUGUAGUGUAUUGUUUUUAUAAGUGCUAUACUGCGUUUAAAAAUUUUUACAGUAUUGAAAUAAAUUAUGAAGCGCCUAUAGAAAAUGAAACGCUUGUUACAAAUCAAAAUUGA